AUGGACGACCAUGUAGACGUCAAGGUUGAAGAGCAGGCAAAUGACUUGGUUGACGAGGUCAAAGUUGAAGAGGAUGAGGGCGAAUUCUUCUUCGACUAUUAUAAUUCCUACUCUCCCACUAAUCUCGAGAUGAGGGACCCUUUAGACGACCUUGAGGACGACGACGAUGACCUCUCCGCGUUUUGCAUUACUCCAGACCGACUCUUAAAAAAAGAACGACGAGGCCGUAAAAUCACACGGAAACGAAAAACUCAAGAUUCCUCAGACACAGCAACUUCCUCAAAAAGAUUAAAAAUUCACAACAUUCGCAAACCCUCCCUCCCACAUCAGCUCCACCUUUGCCCUUGCUGUCCCUCCACAUUUGAAACCAUCAAGGCGAAAAACACCCACGUGAGCACCACCCACCCAGAAACCUCCCCCUAUCCGUGCCCCAUUUGUGGGAGGAGGCACCACUUCCCAACCGCCCUCGCCGUACACAUGGUCACUCGCCAUGAGACCGGCGAGAAGAAAGUUUCCUGCGACAAGUGCGCCAAGAAGUUCGUCCUCGACCAAAAUUUCCAGCGCCACAUCAAACUUCACGAGAUUGAGGAUGUCAAACCUGCAGUUUGCGACGUGUGCGACUCCAGAUUUAAGGACGACGCCCGUCUCGCGAAGCAUGUCGAAGCGGCGCAUGCGCCACGAUCCGUUCACGUCUGCGACAUUUGUGGAAAGCAGUUCGACCUCGUCACCGGUCUCAAGGAACACGUCAAACGACUCCACGGGCCCAAGAAAGUGGUGUGCGAUACGUGCGGAGAAAAGUUUGUGAGGCGUCAAGCCCUAACGUCCCACAGGAUUAAGGAGCAUGGCGCAGAUCCGUUUAUGUGCGAUCAGUGGUAA